AUGAUUUCCCCAGUCAAUGAUGAGUGGCUGGUAGAGUCCGGGGACAAAGCUUGGUGGAAGUCGGCAACUGUGUACCAAGUAUAUCCUGCCUCUUUCUGUGAUCAUGCUGCCAAUGGCCAUGGUACGCUGCUCGGUAUCCUCUCCAAAGUGGAUUACUUGCAAUCACUCGGAGUCGACAUCGUUUGGCUGUCUCCGAUAUACGAGUCCCCACAGGCCGACAUGGGGUAUGAUAUUUCUAAUUACCGUCAAAUAGAUAAGCGGUAUGGCUCGCUCGAGGAAUGGGAUAGGCUGCUCGCUGCCCUUCACCAACGGGGCAUGAAACUUGUCAUGGACUUGGUCGUAAAUCAUACAUCAGACCAGCACGCAUGGUUCAAGGAGUCGCGCAGUUCGCGAAACAACCCGAAAAGAGACUGGUACAUUUGGCGACCAGCUCGGUACAACGAGAAGAAUGAGAGGAUUCCCCCUAACAAUUGGAAAGCCACCUUUGGCCAAGACUCGGCGUGGGAGUAUGACGAGACUACGGAUGAAUAUUAUCUCCAUCUGUUCCUAAAGGAGCAACCGGACCUCAAUUGGGAAAACCCCAAAGUUCGAGCCGAGAUCUAUGACAUGAUGCACUGGUGGCUCAGAAGGGGUGCCGAUGGAUUCCGCAUGGACGUUAUCAAUUUCAUCGCCAAAGCACCAGGACUACCCGAUGCGCCUGUUACUCAGCCAGACCGGGAGUACCAGCCGUUUGGAUCCAUGUCCAUUAACCAGCUCGAGGUGCAUACAUGGCUCAAAGAGAUGAAUCGCAAAGUACUUUCGCAGUAUGACUGCUUCGCCGUGGGAGAAUGCCCAGGGGAUGAGGGGGUAGCGGCGUACGCACCGUACUCUAUAAGCAAUAACAAGGAGCUUCAAAUGGUCUUUCACUUUCACCAUCAGAGCUUCGAUCGUGCGGCUGGUGGGUUCGCGCGAGCUCAUAAAUCUGAUUGGAAGCUAUCCGAGUUGAAGAAGAUCUUCAACACCUGGCAAGUCGAGAUGUCACAGGCGGGCGGCUGGAAUAGCAAUUAUCUUGAGAAUCAUGAUCAACCUCGGAUUGUAUCCCGAAUGGCAUCUGAUCACCCGGCAGAUCGAGCGCGAUGCGCGAAACUUUUGUCCUUGUUCCAUUGCUCGCUCGGCGGAACAUUGUACAUCUAUCAAGGGCAGGAGCUGGGCAUGAUCAACGUCCCUCGCGACUGGAACAUUGCCGAGUAUAAAGAUGUGGAAACGAUUCACAACUUUGAAGCGGAGGUGGAGCAUCGAAAGGCCAAGUCCGGUCAAACGAACCCGGACAUUUCCGACUUGCUCGAGCACAACCGCAUGACCGCUAGGGAUAAUGGCCGCACUCCCAUGCAGUGGGACUCCAGCCUGAAUGCUGGAUUCUCGAAGGGCGAUCCUUGGAUGCGGAUCCACGAUGACUAUCACGAUGGCUGGAACGCCGCCGCUCAGACAAAGGACCAGCAUUCGGUGUGGUCUUUCUGGCAGAAGGUACUCCGCCUGAGAAAGGAGUACGAUGCGAUGAUAUAUGGCAAAUUCAUUCCGUUGGACGAGCCCAACGAGGAAACCUAUUCGUACAUCCGGGAGGAUCCCAAAGUCGGGCAGAAGCUUCUUGUUGUCCUGAAUUUGUCGCGAACAGGAAACAACCGAGGCACACCUUCGACUGUAGUGUUACCGCCCGGGCUCGAUACGUCGAACUCGAAGCUUCUGAUCUCCAACGUCGGAUCAUCCGAAGGCCGAAUUGAAGGGGAUAUACAUCUGGCGCCGUGGGAAGGCAGGAUAUAUCUUCUAUGA